GCCUCGCACAUGCGCAGACUGAUCCAGUAGGGGUAGCAAUCGUAUCGUAAAAGGCAACAGAGUGGUGUAGUCUUUAAUUAUGCUUUUAUUUCUUCAGUUUCACGUUUGUACACAUUCUUAUAAGGUGUGUCAAACUAAACUUUAGUCAUUCUUCGUUUCAGAAUGAACUCGACUCAAAGAACUUUGAAGCUUCUGAGGCUAACUUAGCCUGCUAGUUAGCUUAGCUUGCUAGCUGCCAAUAAAGAAACACGGAAGUUAUCAACACAUCGCUAAGCAGACACAAGUGUGAGUGUAAAGUGUUGUGGUUGUGUGAACAUUUGUAAAAUACGAUCGCUGAGAGUGUUGGUGAAUUAGCGACUAAGUGCGGCUGUGGAAAAAUAUUUGUAGUAUUAUAAAGAAAGAUAGCAGAACACGACGAGGAACAUUCUCGAACAGAAGUGGAGAACUAGCGACAACGUCAACGACUGGACGCUGUUUUCAAGAAGCAUCAAGUUGUGUUACACAGAACAGACGUCGGUGAAGAACAUCAUCUUCCCGAGCAGCAGGAGUGGACUUCCAGGAUGGAGCAGGAGCAACCCCAGCCCCCCCAUAUUGAAAAGGAAGUGGCGGCGCCACAUCCUCACAACAUUAAAGAGGAAGAGGAGGAACACAGCAUCAGUCAGAAUGGAGGUCAUCUCGAAGGACAAGAGGAGGUUGAUGUCCUCAAGAUUCCAUUGAAUGUUGUCAUUGUGAAGAUUGAAGAAGAUGAGGUCGAAAGUGAAAGUGAGGAGAGAGAGGUGGAGCCUCCAAGCAGCAGCUCAACUCAACACAUGACGACAGAAGCUGAUGGAGACCACUGUGGAGGAUCACAAGCUGACAAGCUCUUAGCUCCACUAUCAGAUAGUGACGACAUGACGUCACACUCGGCUGACACUGACGAUGAAGACCCUGAAGCUGAUACAACAUGUCACACUGACAACACACACUUUGAAUGUUCUCACUGUGUCAAAACUUUUAACCGCCGUCGUAAUCUGAAAACACACAUGAGAACACACACUGGCGAGAAACCAUUUUCCUGUCCAUUCUGUGGUAAAGGUUUUACACAAAAAAGUGAUAUGAAAACACACAUGAGAGUGCACACUGGCGAAAAACCUUUUUCUUGUCCAAGCUGCGGUAAAUGUUAUACACACAAUUGGGAGUUGAAAAGACACAUGACAACACACACUGAAAAAAAACCUAUUCUCUGUUCAAUCUGUGGUAAAGGCUUUAAACGAAAUAUGAAUUUUAAAAUACACAUGAGAAUACACACUGGUGAAAAACCUUUUUCUUGUUCAAGCUGUUGCAAAUGUUUUAUUCAAAAAUGGGAGUUGAGAAGACACAUGAGAACACACACCGGUGAAAAACCCUUUUCUUGUUCAAGCUGUGGUAAAGGGUUUACAAAAAAUUGGGAGCUGAAAAGACACAUGAUAACACACACUGAUGAAAAACCCUUUGUCUGUUCAAUCUGUGCUAAAAGUUUUAUGCGAGAUCAGCACCUGAAAAGACACAUGAGAGAACACACCGGUGUAAAACCUUUUUCCUGUUCAAUCUGCGCUAGAGGGUUUGUACGAAAAGAUGCGUUGAAAACACACAUGGGAACACACAUAGUGAGGAAGUGUGAUGAAAGAUUCUCUUAAAAGUACACACAAGUGAGAACAUCAGCAGCAAUUGAAGCUGCAGGAUUUUCAGAUAAACUCAAUUUUAACAUAGACCUAAGAACAUCACUACAUAUAACAUGUGUGACCUCAUUGUGUGUGUAACACAAUCUUGUUAAUGUUUCUACCGUUAAAAGAUCACAUUUGUUCAGAUUACUGUUCUAAGUAUGUGCAUAAGUUUACAACAUAGUGUACGUUUAUUUAAACUGAACACAUUCUUUGGGUCCUCAGCUUAUUUUUACUACCCUUAUAUUUACUUUAUUGGUUUUAAAAUUAAACGGAACAAACCAAUUUUUUUUAUAUGAUAUACACUUAUUUUAUUUUUGAGUACAAAUAAAUCUUUUAGUUCAUAUUUGGUUUCCAUCUGAAACAUCUUCUGGACCACUUGUGGAAAUUUUUUAUUAUUUACUUUAUAUAUAUAACUUGAGCACUUGUGUAUUCUACAAGAUUAUUUACUUUUAACAUGUCCUCACCCCAUGUUUGACCUUUUUCCCACCUUUGCAGCGACCCAUCAAUGGCUCUAUUCUCUCUACUCUGUAUGAUGCAUGUCUGAUUUUGUACUGAAAAUGUAAUUUCAUUGUAAGUUUUAUGUGCAAUGACAAUUAAUUACCAUUCCAUGUGUGACUUUGCGAAGCUUUUGUUAAGUCUUGAUAAUUCAGAGUUAUCCUAUUUGUAAUAUGAAUAUUGGGUUUGUGAUUGUUUAAUUGCCAAACUUUUAUGCAAUAAGCUUCAACUAAAGUUAGGUACAAUGCAUGUGGUAAAUAUUUGUUGAGUACGAUGUUUCAUAUUCAUACAAUGUGAAGCUGAGUUAUCUUGAUGGAGGAAAGAUUAAAGCGCAUGUACCACCAGGA